AUGGCAUCCCUUGAAGAGCUUCUAGAUGGCCUUCACUACCUCUAUCCGGCCCUGGCUUUCACCUACUUUGUCGUCGCUUCUGUCAUUGCGGUCUGCACUCUGCAGACCCUCCGGGCUGCCAACAGCCCAGGAAAGGAGUUCAUCCCUCGCUCGUGGAUUCUCAACCUCUUCGUCGCCUUCGUCUUGACCUACGUCGCUCAGCUUGUCAUCAUUGCCAUUGAAUCCAUCCUGCUGAAGGAAUGGAUUGGCCAGGAGCAUCAAGUUAUCGGCCUGCUCUCCUGCGUUCUCGUCUUCGGUACACAACUCGCUUUCCUCUCUGACACAUUACACCCGGUGUGGACACCGUACUGGGGAUCAUGGCUCAUCUCCCUGACGUUCGAGCCCAUGAUCGCCGUUCCCGACUUGAUUCUCCGACGAUCCAGCACAUUUGAUCACUGCCGCAUCGGCCACCUCGUCUUCGCUGGUUUGCGCUACUACCUGCUUCUUACCAUCUUCUCAGUCUAUGUCGUUCAGCGCAUUCGGGCCAGUCAGGAGGAGGCUUCGGACGAAGAGCGGCAGUCUCUCCUCGGACAAGAUGACCCAAAGUCACGAUUGAGCAGCUCUGGAAACGGCAGCCAGAGUUCUGGCUCAGGGUAUGGGACCAACGACCCGCCCGAGUCGUACUGGGCAGAGCGCCAGCGAAAGGCCCAAGAGGAGAUGGAGAAGCGGCUUCAGGAAGAGGGCAACUGGCUUACGUAUAUCAAGGGUUUCACGAUCCUAUUUCCCUACAUUUGGCCCGUCGGUCAAAAGUCUCUGCAGCUCCGUCUAGCUCUCGUCGGCCUUUGUCUGCUUGCUGGUAAUGCUCUCAACCUGCUGAUUCCUCGCCAAUUCGGUAUCAUUGUCGACGAGCUCAAGGAUCGGGACUUCAGCGGGGCUUGGAUCGGUGUAGCCAUCUACGGCCUGCUAAGAAUUGCUGCCUCCGAUGCCGGUAUCGAGUUCUUGCGCGAAUGGCUGUACCUCCCUCUCGAAGUCUACGCCGACGGCGCCUUGAGCACGGCUGCAUACCGACACAUCCUGAAUCUGUCUGCCGACUUCCAUGACUCCAAGAGCACGUCCGACAUAAGCUUGGCCAUGUACGGGGGAUCCAGCAUUUCCGACCUCUUGGAGUCCAUCUGCUUCCAGGCCUUGCCCAUGUUGAUCGACCUUAUUGUCGCCGUUGUGUACCUGUCAGUCAUUUUGGGACCCUACGAAGGCCUCAUCACCAUUGCGACAAGUACUCUUUUCCUCUUCAUCGCCACGAAAAUGAUCGCAGUGAUGAAGGAGCGCCGUCGAGCCCACGUCAAUGCCCAGUACGCUGAGCACUACGUACGCCAGACUGGGAUUACCGGAUGGCACACUGUCGCGUCCUUUAAUCAGACAACAUACGAGGAUGUCCGCUACUCAAACGCCAUCCACACCCGCAUCAACUGGACCAAGCGUGUUCGUCUCGGAUGGUUCACGGCACAAGCGUUCCAGUCACUCGUUCUCCUUUGCGGUCUCUUGGCCGGUGCCAUCUUGGCGGUCUACAGGAUCAAGAGCAGCAAGGCUACACCCGGUGACUUGACGAUGCUCUUGAUGUACUGGGCCCAGCUCACCUCACCGCUGCGCUUUAUGGCCAGUCUUGGCAAGAAAAUCGGAAGUGACCUCAUCGAUGCAGAACGGCUGUUGGACAUCAUGAAGAAACAGCCUACCAUUGUCAACAAGAAGGGCGCACGAGCUCUCAAGCUUGUCGGCGGCAAUGUCGAGUUUACCGACGUUAGCUUCACCUACGACAACAAGAAGAAGAUCAUCAACGGUAUCACUCUUUCCGUCCCUGGCGGCCAGACGGUGGCCUUUGUUGGCGCUACCGGUGCCGGCAAGUCCACCAUGUUGAAGCUGCUCAACCGUUUCUACGACGCCAGCGAAGGAUCCAUCCUCAUUGAUGGCCAAGACGUCCGUGAUGUGGACUUGCACAGCUUGCGCGACCGGAUUGGCUUGGUACCGCAGAAUCCGGUUCUUUUCGACGACACCAUCAUCAGCAAUAUCCGCUACGCAAGAAUCACGGCCUCGGAUGACGAAGUUUUUGAGGCCUGCAAAGCGGCUUGCAUUCAUGAUAAGAUCUUGACUUUCACAGAUGGCUACAACACCCGGGUUGGCGAGCGAGGAAUUAAACUUUCCGGCGGCGAACUCCAGCGUGUCGCAAUUGCUCGCGCUAUUCUCAAGCAGCCCGAAAUUGUCCUUCUUGAUGAGGCGACGAGCUCUGUAGACACUGACACUGAACAAAAGAUCCAGCAGUCGUUUAUGCAACUUUGCAAGGGACGGACAACUUUUAUCGUUGCGCACCGACUGUCGACAAUCAUGAACGCCGAUCGGAUUGUCGUCAUUGAAGACGGUGAAGUCGUCGAGCAGGGUAAUCAUGCUGACCUCGUCACGGCCAACGGCCGAUACGCCGACUUGUGGUCCAAGCAGACGUUCCUCAAGCCCAAAGACGACGACUCCGCCGACGGCAAGAAGCCGACUGCAACGAAUGGCGACCCCAAGCCAAAUGGCACCUCCAAGGGCAACAGCGCAUCCGUCGUGCAGGCCGACCAAGAUUCGCAGUCCGCAUCGACCGAUACGGGCAAGGGUAGCGAGGGUGUCCAAACUCCCAGUAACCACAAGAAAGAGGGAUCACGACUUAACCCUGUUGCGCCCGAGUUCACGCCCAAGUCUCUAGCCCUCGCGAACGCUGCGGUUUCGACUCCCAACCGUCACAACGUCCCAAAGCUGGCGACGCCGGCUGUCUCGCUCAUCCGCAAACCCGCCAAACAAGCUCUAAACUGGGCCAGCGCUACUUCAUCAUCGGACGACGAGGAUUUCCAGAUCCCCGUCGAAGCAUCUCCCACAAAAGCUGCUGAAAGAGUUCCUCGGUCAACUCUCGGCUCAGGCGUAGUCUCUUGCACGCAAAAAAUAUCUUCACCCGGCACGCUGUCUCGAGUUUUGGAGACCGGGGCCGCCAGCCAGGUCUUUGAUGCGGUGGAGUCGGAUAACGAGUCUGUCCACACCGUCAUCAAGGUUGAGGUUCCUCGGUUCAGAACUCCCCAUGCCACCGCACGGCGUUUCAACGCAAAAAGCGACUCAAUUGGAUUGCCGGUGGAUGACUCCGAGGACGGAAGCGAUGAUUCCGAAGAAUCGACACCCGUAGCGAUAGGAAAGGAAGCAGAGCGCAAGCAGGAGCUUCGCCAUGUUUCUGCCCCGGUUCUGAAAGUACAAGUCGUCGCCCAAGGACAGGAGAAUGCGGUGCCUCCUACAACCAUCAUUGCUUCAACGAUGUCAACAAACGAAAAGCCAUCCGGGCCCACACCUCGCGCGACGGCCGGACCUGUCUCAAUUCCAUCGGCCCCUUCUCCACUCAAGGAGAAUAUAUCACCAAAGCCUCUAGGCCCUUUGCCUGCCUCCGGAUCGCAGCAAUCCAACCAGCACAGGGGCAGGGGAAGGUCUAAUCGCGGCAAAAACCGUGGACGUGGCCGCCAUGCCAAUGCCAGGACUUCAAACGUUCGAGGUGCUGCCAGCGCUAAGACUCCAGUCAACAACAAUCAUCACGUCUAA